CAUACAAUCCACGCAGCGCCUACACGUAGCCUACACAGAGGGCAUUAACCUAUGCCUCUGCGUCAUAACUGUGGGCUCCCCUGACCGCCCCAGAAAUGUAACGUCCGGGGUUCAGGGAGUGUAUCGCUUCUUUUAGGCUUUUCAGAGACCUGCUGCUUGUUUUUACUCACAUGACCUGGCAACACUGUUCAAGAUCAGCAUAGAUCGGCGUGCUGUAAAAAAAGAGGGUAGGCCGGCAGCAGCUGUUUGAAAAAAUCAUUACAAUUAAGUUAGCAAUCGAACAGUCUCAACAUCACCGCUUUGUGAUUGAAAGAGGGAGGUGCUCCAGUUCCAUGAACCUUGAAUCUUUUUGGUUUAUGGCUAAGGCUACAGUUCAGUCUUCUUCAUUUCAUGCUCAGAUAAGUUCUGCGCGAACAAUUCACGGGCCUAUAACAAUCAAAAACAAAAAGUGUUUUUGCAACCGAAGUUGGACGGCAGUUAAACUGAUCGAUCUUCUAUUUGAUUUCAAAGCAGUCAUGGAGAUACUGAACGAAGAACAACUCACGGCGAUAGAAACGCUGCUACCGGACCUCUACCCCCAGUCUUUGCAAGUGUAUGGUUACAUUUUCCAAAAGAACAGAGUGAAAUCUGACCAUAUGGAUGUUCUUGUGGACCGCUGGCCUGAUUUCAGAAUAGUGCUCAUCCGACCUCUGCGGGAGAAGAAGGAAGAUUUAUUCAAAGACAUCUAUGUGUUCUCCAAAGAUGGGGAAAUACUGAAGAAAUUAUUUCUUGAGACAGAUAUUAUUGACUGGCAAAACUACCUUUGCCUAGGUGUAGACCUGUGUUAUGCAGAAAUAGUAGCAAGUAUAGCCGCUACCAGAGGUGCAACCGGGAGUAAUGUAGCGGUGUGCCACAUGCUAAGGCUGGAGGAUCCCUCUCACCUUCCACAAGUAGACAGUUCAACAGUAGCAAUAUCUUCCCUUGAAGAGUCACAUAUUUCUUUGGUUAAUGAGACCUGGAAGUUUGGAGAAGGAGAACACAGCCUAAGCUUUAUCAAGAACUUAAUCUGCCAUUUUCCCACCUGCUGCAUUUUGGAUGCCAAUGGUCACCCAGUGGCCUGGAUUCUUACAUAUGCGUAUUGUGCCAUGGGGAUGUUGUACACACGUCCAGAACACAGACGGAAAGGCUAUGCUAAGAUCCUUAUUAGUGCCAUGUCAAAGAGACUCCACGCUCAGGGCUACCCUGUGUUUUGUUUCAUUGAAGAAGAGAACCAGCCCUCUUAUAGGCUUUUUACAAGUUUGGGUUUCAAAGAAGACCCCUCCUACAGAGCUGCCUGGUUUCAUUUCAACUAAGUUAGUAUUUGCCAAUAAAAUGAUCAGAACAUCAGUUUACAUCAGACAAAUUACAGUAUACUAACAUUAGUUACUUUACAUCCAUAAUGAAAAUUAGAGAAGGAGAGAACCGGCUCUCAUAACAGGCUUUUCAAAAGUGUGGGUUUGCAUAACAGGGCAACCGAUUACAGGGCUACUGUUUUUUCUGGCUUCAGCCAUGCAAUAGGCAAAUUACAUUAGUUUACUUACAUGACUAAAUUACACUACAUCCAUACAUCCAUGAAAGGUAUUUUUUUCACAAAUGACAUUUCAUGUAUCUUCACUGUGGUGUAUCAGAUCCUACCAGCAAAAUUUGAGUGUUUCUCAAACGGUUAGAGGAGAACAGGAAUUUCCAUAAGCCUUAAUACUCCAUUAGAUGGGGUGUGUAUAAAACGUAAAAGUGUUAAUCUGUUUAUGCUUACAUUAUGUAAGAGUAAUAGAUUGCUAAUAUUGAUCACAUUUUCAUUAACAAAAUGAUAUUGCACUUGAAUGACAAAUAAAAAAUCAUGCUAUUCAAAUACAAUACAUGAAGGAGAUUAAGGUAGACUUUAUAAAAUAUAAAUGUAAAUUACCAUGCAUUUACAACAGCAUUUUUUUUGUUGCUGUUAUGCAACAGUUGUUCGUAUAAUCAGCAACAUCAAGUGUUUCUCUGACAGUUAGGGGAGAAUGCAUUAAAAAUGUACUGCGAAUUCAGGCAAAAAUUGCAAUCUACUGAAUGUUUACAUGUGUUAACAUAAAUGUCGAUCACAUUUUUAUUUGCUUUAGGAAAGUGAAACAAGGAAUACAGAUUUUGCGAGCUGUAUCUACUCUGUGAUUUACAUGUGUACAUUUGUGAAUGCUAAAAAACUUACUGUAUUCAACAACAUAACUAGUCAUGCUUGACUAGAUCGCUGAGGGAUUUCAACUGUAAUGUAAUGUCAACUGGUGAUGGUUUUCCUGUUUGUAUCUGUGUAAUGUGAUGUAUAUGUGCUGUUGUGAUAUAUGUGGGUGGGGUAUGUGGUGGCAGGGUGGUGGGUGAAGAACCGUGACUAUGUGUAUCUAUGUAUUUCAUGUCUGUGAGGCUUGUAUGGUAUGUGAAAACAAAUUUCCUAUGUAAGGACAAAUAAACUAACUAAGUAAGA